AUGCUAAAAGAAUUGCUCCAGAAAUACAGUGGUUUUGUUUUAUUGUGGCUCAGCUGGCAAGCAACUGGUGUCAUCUAUGGUGAUAUCGGCACAAGUCCUCUCUACGUCUAUUCCUCCACCUUCACCAGCCAACCAACAUGGGACAAUCUCGUCGGCGCCUUAUCCAUCAUUAUCUGGUCUCUUACUCUGAUCGUUACCGUCAAAUACACCUUUAUCGUGUUGAGCGCCGACGAUGAUGGACAGGGCGGUACAUUUGCGCUAUACAGCCUCCUCUCGCGAUUCAUUGAAAUCACGCACCGCGAUCCAUAUGAGAAGGGGGUACGCAUGCAGCGCUACAGGACUGGCGAGCUGCGACCCGAGGCUCGGUCUGUCCGGCGGUUUGUCGAGAACAGCCCUGUGACCAAAGCCAUCUUGAAAGUGGUCGGCGUGCUUGGUGUGUCCAUGAUCAUGGCAGAUGGCGUCCUCACGCCAGCCCAGUCCGUCCUCGGUGCGAUUCAAGGCAUUCGUGUGGUGAACCCCAGCCUUGGGACACCAGUCAUCAUCGGCGUGUCAUGUGCCAUCCUCGUCCUCCUCUUCGCGAUCCAGCCCUUCGGAACCUCGAAGCUCGGCACGGGGUUUGCCCCCAUCGUCGUGCUCUGGCUUCUUUUUAACCUCGUCUCUGGCAUCUACAACCUCGCCACAUACGACUACACAGUGCUCAAGGCUUUCAGUCCGUACUUUGCCUUUACCUAUCUCAUCCGGAACGGCGAGGAGGGAUGGAGGUCGCUGGGCGGCAUGUUGCUGGCCUUUACUGGCGUCGAGGCCAUGUUUGCGGAUCUCGGCGCCUUUGGCAAACGCGCUAUCCAGAUUUCCUGGUUAUGCAUCGCUUACCCCUGCCUACUCUUUGCAUAUAUUGGACAAGCUGCCUACAUCUCUCAGGAUGCCUCGGGAACUGCAUGGUCCAAUCCGUUCUUUUCCACCGUCCCUCCCGGAACACUGAUCUUCUCCCUCAUCCUCGCUGUUCUGGCCGCCAUCGUUGCCUCUCAGGCCCUCAUCACCUCGACCUUUCAGCUUCUGUCCCAGGUCAUGAGGAUGUCCUAUUUCCCUCACAUCAAAGCCGUCCACACCAGUCGCAAGUUCCAUGAGCACAUCUACAUGCCCUUUGCAAACUGGCUCUUGAUGAUCGGUACCGUCAUUGUAACUGCGGUCUACAACAACACUACAUCUCUCGGAAACGCCUACGGAGUCUGCGUCAUCAUCGUCACGUUCAUCACCACGUGCAUGGUGGCGCUGGUCGCUAUCGUCGUCUGGAGGCUCCCCAUUCUCGUGGUCCUGCCCGUCUGGCUCCUCUUCGCCUGUCUGGACGGCACAUAUCUCAGCGCGGUCCUGACCAAGGUGCCCGACGGAGCAUGGUUCACCAUCCUCCUGUCCGCCAUCCUCUGCUCCAUCUUCAUCCUCUGGCGCUUCGGCAAGGAGGCUCAGUGGGCCGCAGAACACCUCGACCGCCUCCCUGCGUCAGCACUGCUGGUCAAGGCCGAUGGAGCACCAGACCAGGGAGGCCUGUCGCCUGCAGCACGACCAUCCUCCUCGUCGUCGUCGAAGAAGCGCGAGACCCGUCUGACCCAGUCCUUUGGCGGAACGCCCGUGUCGAUUGUGCCCGGGCUGGGCAUCUUCUUCGACAAGAACGGCGACAGAGACGUUCUCCCGCCGUCCUUCACCCACUUCGUGCGCAAGUUCGCCGCCCGCCCGUCCGUCACCGUCUUCUUCCACAUGCGGCCUCUCCCCGUGCCCACCGUCCCCUGCGCGGAGAGGUACGUCGUCGUGCGCGCGCCUGGUGUCGACCGCGCCUAUAGCGUUGUCAUGCGUCAUGGGUACACGGACGACGUGCUCAAGCCCGGCAUGGCGAGAGACCUCGUGGCGCAGAUCGAGCUGUCCCUGACGAGAGGUGCCCACAACGGUGGCGGCGCCGCUGGCGAGCUGGAGGAGCUGAAGGCGGCUCAUGAGGCGCAGGUUGUGUAUGUGCUCGGCAAGGAGACGAUGCGGAUCAAGCACGAGCGUGGGUUUCACCCUGCUGGGCUGGUCAGAAGGGCGCUGUUGUGGGCCUUCUUGUGGAUUCGGGAGAAUUCACGGACGAAAUUGGCAGAUCUGAAUAUUGAUGUCGACAAGGUGAUUGAGGUUGGAUUCUUGAAGGAGAUUUGA